GGGAAUUUCAGACGUUAGCUAGCUAACACGCUACCCAGCUCUCUGUUUACAUCUCCGACCUAGGUCAAUUGUCAGAAAGUGGAAAAGGACCGCUACAAGUUGUGCUCGACUUUCAAGUUUAUGAGGGUACCUAAGAUUCUACAUUGUCUGGUCCACGACUAGAAGAAUAUCAGCCAUCGUUAGAACCAUAGUAAUUUAUCAGCGUGUUAUCCAGGUUACAGAAACAACCAACCAAAAGUUAUUCAGCCAAUAUGCCUCCACCCACCGUGGAAUACACCAUAGGAGGGGUGAAGAUACAAUUUCCCUGCAAGGCUUAUCCAUCCCAACUGGCUAUGAUGAAUUCAAUCGUUCGAGGGUUGAACCACAGUCAGCACUGUCUUCUGGAGAGCCCUACUGGCAGUGGGAAGAGCCUUGCCCUGUUGUGUUCGGCUCUGGCCUGGCAACAGGCACACCUUGCUAAGCUUGAAGAAGGAGCCAAAACACAGGAGGGGAAAAGCCAAACUGAGGCCAAAACAGACGUUAACACACCGUGCCAGUGUGCGUGCCACAGCAAGGCCACCUGUGUCCCCAUGACGCCCAAGCCAGCCAUGGUAGACACAAAUAUGAGGGCACAGAACUCAUCUCCUUCUGCAGACAAGGAGUUCAAACCCAAGAGUCAGUCAUUGGCCUCUCGUCUGUCUGAAAAGAUGCAAAGCUCCUCAGACAAGGACGACGACUUUCAGCCUGACAGAAAACGCAUUCGCACCCCAUUGGUCGACCAGAAGGGUCGUAAGAGGAGAUGUCUGGAGAAGGGGGUGGUGUUCAUAGACGACGAGCCAGAGGAGGAGAGGCUAGGCGUGUCUGGGAAGACCUGGUCCAUGGAGCUGAGGGCCCAGGCCCAGGGCAUGGAGCUGACGGCCCAGGCCCAGGGCAUGGAGCUGCCCUCUGCCUGCUGUUCUCCAGUGGCCUGCUCUCUCUGCCCGUGCGCCUCACCCAAAGGAAGCCUCACGGGCCCAGGCGGCAAGUCGGCAAAGGACAAAGAGAAAGAUGGCAAAAAGAAAGUCCCCCAAAUCUUCUUUGGCACGCGCACCCACAAGCAGAUCACCCAGAUCUCCCACGAGCUCAAGCGCACCCUCUACUCCAGCGUGCCCAUGACCAUCCUCUCCAGCCGUGACCACACCUGCGUCCACCCAGAGGUGGUGCCGCACUCCAACCGCAACGAGCGCUGCAAGGAACUGCUCGAGUCCAAGAACGGCUACUCGUGCCGCUACUACCACGGUGUGCACAAGAUGCGUGAGCAGAGCACUCUGCAGUGGGUCCACGGGCUGCACCAGGCGUGGGACAUCGAGGACCUGGUCCGCCUGGGCGGCCGCCUGCGCUCCUGCUCCUACUACGCCGCCCGCGAGCUCAUGCAGGACGCCCUCAUCAUCUUCUGCCCCUACAACUACCUGCUGGACCCCCUCAUCAGGGAGAGUUUGGAGAUCAACCUGAAGGGGCAGAUCGUGGUGCUGGACGAGGCCCACAACAUGGAGGACUGUGCCCGCGAGAGCGCCAGCUACACGCUGAGCGAGGCCCAGCUGCUGGGGGCGCGGGAGGAGCUGGACGGCAUGGUCAACCACAACAUCCGGCGCUCCCACCACGAGCCCCUGCGAGCGUUCUGCUGCAGCCUCAUCAACUGGAUCAAGGAGAGCGUCAGUCUGCUGGCAGAGAGGGAGUACGAGGUGUCCUGCAAGGUGUGGCAUGGGAAGGAGGUCCUGGGGCUCCUGCACGGCAUGGGCAUCACCCCUGACACCUUUACCUUGCUGCAGAAGCACCUGGUGUCAGCGCUGGAGAAGGAGGAGCGUGUGGGGGUGGUGAAUGGGAAGGAGGACGUGGUGGAGAUCCCCACCAUCAGCUCCGUGUCCUCCUCCGUCCUCAAGAGCCUGUUCAUGGUGCUGGACUACCUCUACAGGGGCAACAGCAGGUUUGCGGAGGACUACCGCGUGGCCCUGCAGCAGACCUACGUGUGGACCGCCCAGCCAGACGUCCCAGACGCCCAGGGCUUCUUCGCCCGGCCCCAGCGCAGGGGCCGACGCCAGGGCGGGGCCCAGCGCACCAAGACCCUGGUCCACACGGUCAGCUUCUGGUGCCUCAACCCCGCCGUGGCCUUCUCAGACCUGAGUGACUGUGUGCGCACCAUCGUCCUGACCUCCGGCACGCUGUCGCCCAUGAGCUCCUUCUCCUCCGAGCUGGGAGUCAAGUUCUCCAUCCAGCUGGAGGCCAGCCACGUCAUCAGCCAGUCCCAGGUGUGGGUGGGCACGAUUGGCUCGGGGCCGCAGGGGCGCAAGCUGUGCGCCACCUUCCAACACGCGGAGACCUACGCCUUCCAGGACGAGGUGGGCGCCCUGCUGCUGCGUGUGUGCCAGGCCGUGGGCAGGGGCGUGCUCUGCUUCCUGCCCUCCUACAAGAUGCUGGACAAGCUGCGUGAUCGUUGGACCAACACAGGCCUCUGGGACAAGCUGCAGGAGAGGAAGACUGUGAUCACAGAGCCUCGCGGGGGGGCCAAGGGAGACUUUGAGCAGCUGCUGCAGACCUACUAUGAUGCCAUCAAGUGCUGUGGGGGGGAGAGAGAUGGAGCGCUGCUCAUGGCCGUGUGCAGGGGCAAGGUGAGCGAAGGGCUCGACUUCACGGACGACAACGCCAGGGCUGUGGUCACCAUUGGCAUCCCCUUCCCAAACAUCAAAGACCUGCAGGUGGAGCUGAAAAUGAAGUAUAAUGAUCAGCACUGCAAAGCCAGGGGGCUUCUACCUGGCAGUCGCUGGUAUGAGAUCCAGGCUUACCGAGCCCUGAACCAGGCUCUGGGGAGGUGUAUCCGGCACAAGAAUGACUGGGGUGCCCUGAUUUUGGUGGAUGACCGUUUCCGGAACAACCCUAACAAGUACAUUACAGGUCUGUCCAAGUGGGUGCGUCAGCUAGUGAAGCACCAUGACACCUUAAACGGGGCCAUGCAGUCUCUCACCAACUUCUCCCAGUGCCAGCAGGAGGCAGUGGAGGGCCACGCAGGAAGCCCAAGCCUGAAUGGCCCAGUCUCAUCACCUGCUAGCCCAUCUUUAAUGACUCAGGAACAGCCGCACUCUGACAGCAUGGUGGGCUCUCUCCCCGGAGCCCCAGUACUUCAGGCAUGCCCAGAGGGGCCCAAAGUGUGCCAUCAGACCAACAGCUCCAGGGUUCUCUCAGGAGUGUCUGAGCCCCCGGUUGUCCCCGGGUGUAGUGAUAACGCAGAUGGCAGAGCAGCAGAGCUGAGUCCAGCGAUGCCCCUCACCCCUCAGAGCAGUUCUGCCAAGACACCAAGUCGACCUUUGUAUGACCUCUUCACGUCCACCCCAACUAGAAACCGUUUCAAGAAACCAAUCUUUCAGGCAAGAGACUCUGGCAGGUGUGCCAAUCAGUUUGCAAAAUCAACCUCAACUGAAAACAAGGAGAACCAGCAGGAUGUUACCUGUCAGAUCGAAGAAAGGCAACAACUUUCCCAGGGACAAGGUGUUUGCCAAGAGACUAAUGGCGCAGAGGCCGUGCAAUCCUGUCAAGGGUUGGACCUCUCCCCUUUGCAGGUUCCUCUGAGCUGUGAACCAAGACAGACUGCUAUGGAUGAUGACCCCUUCCUGCAAGAGGGGGAGGAAGAGGAAGAAGACGAGACUAUCUUUUUCACUCCAGAGCUUUUUGAGGAUGAUGAGGAUGAAAGUAGCUCUCAGAAAGAGAGAGGGCCCAUGUCUCUUCCCAAGACAGGUUGUGGGGCAGGUCUGGAAGGCAAUGAUGUGGACAACCAUCGGACAGACCAGGAGUCUGAAAACAUUUUAGCACUAGGACAAGGACAAAACUUGAUUACCCUUAUUGAAUGUGAUACUCAGAGUGGCAGUUGUCCCUCAGACAGUACAAGGUUGGAACCUGCUAUGUGGCAGGACAGAUGUAGAGCAAGAAGUGAUGAUCAAGCUAAACUGCAAGUACAGGAACAAAUUCAAGGGUCAGUGAAAGUUCAGGGACAAGAGCAGAAGAUUCAGGGGCAGAACAGGCAGGAAAACAGCAGGACACACAGACUGUCCAGGUCCAGACAGAAAGAUCCCUCCACCUUAUCUUCAGGUAAACUAACUGAUUAUAUCAAUGUAGUGCCCAAGGCUAGUAUUAACCCCCAGGUUAUAAUCAUUGACGAUUAGGCCGUAGAAUAUCUCUAAGCAAAGGUUGGUGUCAGUGUCAGUUAUCUAGUCUGACAGUGUGGCUGCACUUGCCUCGUUUGGUUGUUGUUAUGGGCUAUAAAGGGUGUAAAUAAUGAAUGUUGCUUAAAUUGCAACAAUGAUCUAAUUUAUUUUAUUUUUUUCCAAAUCAUUGAAAUGCAAGAAACAAAUAGGUCUAUAUCUUUCCUCAAAAUGCGACGAUGCGUCGUUCGUUAGUGAGAUUUAAUGGGCUCUGUGAGAAUCGGGACUACUUUGGCCAUGCAUGGGUUCACUCGACAAAAAUAUAUCUGCCAUUUCUCACCACUACUACAUAUCCUUUCUAAAAUGUUAACUAUAUAGUGCUAUAUAAAUAAAAAUUUUAAUUCAUUUUUUGUGCCUGGAUGCAAGUUUAACCAUGCCAAUGUACUGACUCAACUAGCACCAUUAAUUUAGGUUUUACCAGGAGCUUUCUUUUAAGUGCAGUUUGAAACUAAAUACCAUAAUUAUGCAAUUUUAUCUAGGAUAUCAUUGCAAUUGUAUGUAAAACUUUGAGUUAGUGUGUAGUGGUGUGUGUCAAGCUGAUUAUGUGGGAAGGAGAGAUGACUUUUAUUGAAGCUCAAAAAGUGUCAUGAUGUGAAAAAACUCCUGUGAUGUGAAGGUAUCCCCUUUCACGUGUAUCGCACCGCAGAGGGGGAUGUAAAUGAUGUCUACUGGACUUGCUGUAAUCCGUUUUUGUUCCGCGAACUCAGAAAGGGAUUUCGGCUAUAUAGUGUUAAAAGAAUUUGCUUCAAUUUCCAGCAUUGUGUGGAAAAUAUAUUCUGAACUGAUGGAAUGAAAAUGGAAUUGACCCUGAUCCCAGUGGCAUCUGUACUUUUCAUGCUAAUAAUGGAGGUCAGAAUCUUUUUCUACUGUAAUAUACUUUAUUAAAAAAAAGUUGUGUAAAAAUGCACUAUUGAGU